UGUCUUGCAGGUGAGGAUGAACAAUCUACUGAGAUGGCUGCAAGGUGGGAAGAUGAGAAGGUGACUGAAGCUGCCUCAGAUGGUUUUGUCGCUAUUAAAAUCGACACCAAAAGUGAAGCAUGCCUGCAGUUUUCUCAAAUCUAUCCCGUAGUGUGUGUUCCAUCGAGUUUUUUCAUAGGAGACAAUGGAAUCCCUUUGGAAGUAAUUGCUGGCAGUGUUUCUGUUGAAGAGCUUGUUACCAGAAUCCAUAAAGUUAAACAGAUGCACACAGUAAAAGGGCAGCCUUUGGAAAAUGGAAGUCAGUCAUCAGCUCCCUGUCCUUCCUCUCAAUCUGAUGGUGCUCCAGAAAAUAUGCAAUCCAGAGCAGUAGAGUUUUGUGACUCUCAUGAGUCUGUAGUGUCUGAGACAAUAAGACCUUCUGCUGAUGGAGCAAAUUCAGGUCAAGCAAGCAAGGAAGCAACUAAUUCUUUAGAUGAACAAGUGAGUGAUGCUCAGCCUGUGAAUGAUCUCACACUGAAAGUAGAAAGAAUAACAAAAAAGCUUGAAGAAAGACGAGAGGAGAAGAGGAAAGAAGAAGAACAGAAAGAAAUUAAGAAAGAAAUUGAACGGCGAAAAACUGGUAAAGAAAUGUUGGAGUACAAAAGACGACAGGAAGAAGAAUUGACAAAACGUAUGUUAGAGGAGCGGAACAGAGAAAAGGCAGAAGAGAAGGCGGCUAGAGAGCGUAUAAGGCAGCAGAUUGCAAUGGAUCGUGCUGAGAGAGCAGCUCGCUUUGCAAAAUCGAAGGAAGAAGCAGAAGCUGCAAAAGCUGCAGCUCUUCAGGCUAAACAGGCUGAAAUAGAGGCCAGAAAAGAAGCAUCUCAAAAGGAGCGAAGUGCAAUAGCCAGGAUUCAGUUCCGCCUCCCAGAUGGAUCUUCCUUUACUAACCAGUUCCCAUCCGAAGCCCGGCUGGAAGAAGCGAGGCAGUUUGCUGCACAGACCGUCGGUAACACUUACGGCAACUUUUCGCUGGCAACGAUGUUUCCCAGAAGGGAGUUUACCAAAGAAGAUUAUGGAAAGAAGCUACUGGAGCUAGAGUUAGCACCCAGUGCUUCGGUAGUGUUGCUGCCGGCGGGAAGACCUGCUACUUCUGUUGUUCAGGCUUCAGGCGGUGAUCUGUGGAAGUUCUUGGGCACAAUACUUUAUCCCCUCUUAGCGGUUUGGAGAUUUAUUAGCAACUUCCUCUUUACGAGUCCACCCCCCUCCCAGCCCACUGUGAGAUCAGCUCACCAGCAAGACCAUCCAAAUCCUCCAGCGUCUGGCAGCAUUGAGCAAAGCAGGCAAGCAGUCAGGAAACGAGUAGUGGAAAAGCGGGGGGAAGACUUCAAAAAAGAAGGCAAAAUAUAUAGACUGAGGACUCAAGACGAUGGAGAAGAUGAAAACAAUACUUGGAAUGGAAAUUCUACACAACAAAUGUAGUUUUGAGUAAUGGCUGUAAUCACCAUCUGGCUUUUUUUUUUUUUUUUCUUAUUUGAUUUAAGUCAACUAAAGCUUUUGGACAAGUGGGGCUUAUUUUACACUGACUGAAUUACUUAAAUCUUAUUCCUGCAGUGGAGUAGGGAAUAAAGUCACUCAAGUCAGAGAAAGGGAGAGGGCAGCUGAAGGCUAGAAGCAGAGAGUUAAAAAGGCUGAACAUCUCCAUCAGCUUUCAUAAUCGUUACCCUACUGCCACGGGAAGGCACUUUUUAAUCUAUAAGUAUUCUGCUACAUAAAUUUAAGGGCCAGAUAUUAAUAUAAAGGUCAAGGUAGGCAAUGAUUGAUUAAAAUGAGGGUUUCAGAAGCACUACAAGUAGCAAAUCAGGUAACUAAUUUAUGUUUAACUUCUUUCUUGCUUCCUGCAACUGCAAGCAAAACCUUGUAGUUUUUAAUUCCCCAAGCACUCAAUAAACUAUUUUCCAGAAAA